AUGAUUUUAGGCUUCAUGGAGAGAAAUCUUUCUUCACUGCUUUUAGGAACUCUUUUACUAUUGCUGUUGGCAUGGUUCCUUCAUCUUGUCAGAAAACUAUUGCCUCCUUCAAAUUUUCCUAGAAAUAUCCCAACUGUUCCCAUAUACGUUUCGUUUUUGGGGUUAUUUACCAACAUGGAUCAGAAGGAAAUAUUCGAAAACUAUUUGAGAGAUCAUUUAGAAAUGUACGGAGCUGUUAAGAUUUAUUUUGCUUCAAGGUGGAACAUUUUGGUCACAAAACCAGAGCUUUUAGUUGAAAUAUUUCGAGAUGAAGAAACUUUUGCUAAGAGUGGGAACCAAAUAAAAAUUCCCUAUUCUGUAUUAAGUGAAUAUACUGGUGAUAAUUUAAUCAGUGCUCAUGGUAGCACUUGGAAGCUUUACCGUCAAAUUCUUACCACGGUUAUACAAUUCCCGGAUUUAAAUCCCGUCGUCGGUAACUCAAGAAAGUUUGUUAGGUCCAUUGCCCAUGCAGCACAAUCUGGGUCAAGUAUGUUAGUUACUGAUGUGAUUCAAAAAUUCGCUCUUUCAAACAUUGGUGAUUCCAUGCUUGGGAUAGACUUUCGACUUUUUGAAAAUGAUCACUCUGUCUUGAAUGAGAAGCUCAAGUUUGUCAAGUCACAUAUAUUCAAACCUAUGUACUUGAAUUUUCCUUUUUUGGAUAAAUUUCCCAUUCCUAGUAGAAUAGAAGCCCGUCAAGCUGUUCGUAGCUUCCGAAAAUAUUAUUCUGGGUUGAUAAGAAGUCUCCCUGAAAAUGUUUCCAAUGUUGCUGGUAGCUUAACUAAAGCCUUAAACGAUGGUGUAUUCACGGAACAACAGUUCACUGAUAAUGCGAUGAUAGUUAUGAUUGCCGGUCAUGAGAACCCUCAAUUAUUGUUGACCUCGCUUAUAUAUGUGCUCUCAUUAUAUCAAGAUAUCCAACAGAAAUUGAGAGAUGAAUUGACUUCCGUUGAUUACGAUGAGCAGGUUCUAGAUCAAUUACCCUACUUGAACUCGAUAAUCUACGAAACUUUAAGGAUGUUUCCUCCUUUAGGGCAAAUCAUUAACCGAAUUACCACUAAACCUGUGAAAUUGGGAGAUUUCGUAAUACCGAAAGGAGUUUAUGUUGGGUAUAAUAAUUUUGCUACAGGAAGAGAUAGAACUGUUUGGGAAGAUGCUGAUUCAUUCAGUCCUGACAGAUGGGGAAUUGAAAUUGCUCAAGUUAACCGAAGUUAUUCAAAAGCUAAAGGUUCAGCUCGACUUCCUGCAUUUCAUGGACGGAAAAGAGCUUGUUUGGGUGAAAAAUUUGCUCUUCAUGAGAUGAAACAAGUUUUGAACCAAUUAUUGAAAAGUUUCAGAGUCAUUCCUGAUCCUGAAUGGGAAAAUAAACUUACUCCUGGUGGUCCUGUAUCUCCUUGGAAGCUCAAAGUAAAAUUUGAAGCCCUUUAA